CACGUGACCGGGCCCGGCGGCCGCUGGGGCUGGAGGGCGCGGCGCGGGGACGCGGCGGCCUGGGCAGGCGAGGCGGGAGCCUAGCAGGCCGGAGCGGGCCGCGCGCCGGGGAGGGUCGCGCCGCGCCCGCCCCCUCCCCGCCACGCCCGGGGCGCACGCGCGCUCCUCUGGCCGCCCCUCCCUCCGCGCGGGGACCCCUGGCGGGCGGCAGGAGGACAUGGCCAGCGACGCCUUGCAGAGUGAGCCUCGCAGCUGGUCCCUGCUAGAGCAGCUGGGCCUGGCCGGGGCAGACCUGGCGGCCCCUGGGGUACAGCAGCAGCUGGAGCUGGAGCGGGAGCGGCUGCGGCGGGAAAUCCGCAAGGAGCUGAAGCUGAAGGAGGGUGCUGAGAACCUGCGGCGGGCCACCACCGACCUGGGCCGCAGCCUGGGCCCCGUGGAGCUGCUGCUGCGGGGCUCCUCGCGCCGCCUCGACCUGCUGCACCAGCAGCUGCAGGAGCUGCACGCCCAUGUGGUGCUGCCCGACCCGGCGGCCACCCAUGAUGGCCCCCAGUCCCCCGGUGUGGGUGGCCCCACCUGCUCGGCCACCAACCUGAGCCGCGUGGCAGGCCUGGAGAAGCAGUUGGCCAUUGAGCUGAAGGUGAAGCAGGGGGCGGAGAACAUGAUCCAGACCUAUAGCAAUGGCAGCACCAAGGACCGGAAGCUGCUGCUGACAGCCCAGCAGAUGUUACAGGACAGUAAGACCAAGAUUGACAUCAUCCGCAUGCAACUCCGCCGGGCGCUGCAGGCGGGCCAGCUGGAAAACCAGGCAGCCCCGGAUGAGACCCAAGGAAGUCCUGACCUGGGGGCCGUGGAGCUGCGCAUCGAAGAGCUGCGGCACCACUUCCGAGUGGAGCACGCGGUGGCCGAGGGUGCCAAGAACGUACUGCGCCUGCUCAGCGCUGCCAAGGCCCCGGACCGCAAGGCAGUCAGCGAGGCCCAGGAGAAAUUGACAGAAUCCAACCAGAAGCUGGGGCUGCUGCGGGAGGCUCUGGAGCGGAGGCUGGGGGAGCUGCCCGCCGACCACCCCAAGGGGCGGCUGCUGCGAGAAGAGCUCGCUGCAGCCUCGUCCGCCGCCUUUAGCGCCCGCCUGGCCGGGCCCUUUCCCGCCACGCACUACAGCACCCUGUGCAAGCCCGCGCCGCUCACAGGGACCCUGGAGGUACGCGUGGUGGGCUGCAGAGACCUCCCAGAGACCAUCCCCUGGAACCCUACGCCCUCAGGGGGUGGACCUGGGACCCCAGACAGCCGCCCCCCAUUCCUGAGCCGCCCAGCCCGGGGCCUUUACAGCCGAAGCGGAAGCCUCAGUGGCCGGAGCAGCCUCAAAGCAGAAGCUGAGAACACCAGUGAAGUCAGCACUGUGCUUAAGCUGGAUAACACAGUGGUGGGGCAGACGUCUUGGAAGCCAUGUGGCCCCAAUGCCUGGGACCAGAGCUUCACUCUGGAGCUGGAGAGGGCACGGGAACUGGAGUUGGCUGUGUUCUGGCGGGACCAGCGGGGCCUGUGUGCCCUCAAAUUCCUGAAGUUGGAGGAUUUCUUGGACAACGAGAGGCAUGAGGUGCAGCUGGACAUGGAACCCCAGGGCUGCCUGGUGGCCGAGGUCACCUUCCACAACCCUGUCAUUGAGAGGAUUCCUCGGCUCCGACGGCAGAAGAAAAUUUUCUCCAAGCAGCAAGGGAAGGCGUUCCAGCGCGCUAGGCAGAUGAACAUCGACGUCGCCACGUGGGUGCGGCUGCUCCGGAGGCUCAUCCCCAAUGCCACGGGCACAGGCACCUUCAGCCCUGGGGCUUCUCCGGGAUCUGAGGCCCGGACCACGGGUGACAUAUCGGUGGAGAAGCUGAACCUCGGCACUGACUCGGACGGCUCACCUCAGAAGAGCUCGCGGGAUCCUCUUUCCCGCCCAUCGAGCAUGAGCUCCCCGAUCCAGGAAUCCUCCUCCAUCACUCCCAAGCUGCCUUCGGAGACCCAGGAGACCCCAGGCCCCGCCCUGUGCAGCCCUCUGAGGAAGUCACCCCUGACCCUUGAGGAUUUCAAGUUCCUGGCGGUGCUGGGCCGGGGUCACUUUGGGAAGGUGCUGCUCUCCGAAUUCCGGCCCAGUGGGGAGCUGUUCGCCAUCAAGGCUCUGAAGAAAGGGGACAUUGUGGCCCGAGACGAGGUGGAGAGCCUGAUGUGUGAGAAGCGGAUCUUGGCGGCAGUGACCAAUGCGGGACAUCCCUUCCUGGUGAACCUCUUUGGCUGUUUCCAGACACCGGAGCACGUGUGCUUCGUGAUGGAGUACUCGGCCGGUGGGGACCUGAUGCUUCACAUCCACAGCGACGUGUUCUCUGAGCCCCGUGCCGUCUUUUAUUCCGCCUGCGUGGUGCUGGGCCUACAGUUUCUUCAUGAACACAAGAUUGUCUACAGGGACCUGAAGUUGGACAAUUUGCUUCUGGACACCGAGGGCUACGUCAAGAUCACAGACUUUGGCCUCUGCAAGGAGGGGAUGGGCUAUGGGGACCGGACCAGCACAUUUUGUGGGACCCCGGAGUUCCUGGCCCCUGAGGUGCUGACGGACACUUCAUACACGCGGGCUGUGGACUGGUGGGGGCUGGGUGUGCUGCUCUACGAGAUGCUGGUUGGCGAGUCCCCAUUCCCAGGGGAUGACGAGGAGGAGGUCUUCGAUAGCAUCGUCAACGAUGAGGUCCGCUACCCCCGCUUCCUGUCCGCCGAAGCCAUCGGCAUCAUGAGAAGGCUGCUGCGGAGGAACCCAGAGCGGAGGCUGGGAUCUAGCGAGAGAGAUGCAGAAGAUGUGAAGAAACAGCCUUUCUUCAGGACUCUGGGCUGGGAAGCCCUGUUGGCCCGGCGCCUGCCGCCGCCUUUUGUGCCCACGCUGUCUGGCCGCACCGACGUCAGCAACUUUGAUGAGGAGUUCACCGGGGAGGCCCCCACACUGAGCCCGCCCCGUGACGCGCGACCCCUCACAGCCGCGGAGCAGGCGGCCUUCCUGGACUUCGACUUCGUGGCGGGGGGCUGCUAGCCCCCUCCCCUGCCCCUUCCCCUGCCCGAGAGCUGUUAGUUUUUAAAAAGGCCUUUGGGAUUUGCCUGAUCCAUGCA